CCCUGUUCGGUCCUCCAGCAUUAACCCUUCACUCUCCUCUUCCUCCGGCUCAGAUCGCUCAGGGAUCCAGGACCUGAACUCGGUGGAGGCCCUGCAGGACAAACUGAUCCGGGCGCUGCGAAACCUGGUGAUGCAGAACCACGGCGAGGAGUCGGCCACCACCUUCACCAAGCUGCUGCUCAAGCUUCCCGAGCUGCGUUCACUCAACAACAUGCACUCAGAGGAACUGCUCUCCUUCAAGGUGCACCCGUAAAAGCUUCCUGAGGGGGGACACACCUGUGCCCCCCCACCUCCUCCACACACACCUCCACCUCCACCAGGACCUGCCUCUUACCCCCCCGCCCUCCGUGUCCGACCAACCCCGUCGUUAAUGUCUAGAAUGUAUUAAAAGUUAUUUUUUAUUAUAUUUUUGUUAAAGUCGACCGCGUGGGGUCAGAAGAGAGAAGAAUAUAACUCGUACUGUAUUUAAGGGAGAGUCAGCUGGUUUCGCACACAAACACGCAGGUGCACGUGUGCGUCAGAGGUUAGUUUUGCAAAGUUGGAGGCACUUUUCUAUUUUUUAAAAA